UUUCUGUUUCUUCUCUCUUCCGUUCUUCGUUGCUGGACUGUGUGCUUGGCGUGAGAUAGGGUUUUGAACGAGUCGCAAAAGCCUUCUUCGCCUCCUUCGACGACGUUCCUUCCUGUCGAAUCUGAAGUCGCGAAAGUUUUCCGUUCUUCCUGUUGUACCGACGGGAGCUCGCUCGCUGUGAAGGCAACUAUCGUGCUCCCUUUCGCGCGUUUCUUCAGCCAAAUCCCGUAAAUCCGCCGAACUCCAGGAUUUAGUAAAUCUGGGAUUUACGGAAAAAAGAGGGAAACGGAGGAUCUAAUUCGCUGUGAGAUUUGACGGUUCCCUAAAUCCUUUUUGGCAGGAUAUAGCAUAAAUUCUGCUCAAAUCCUGCAUAAAUCCUGCAUCCAAACAGCCCCUAAGCGAGGAAGUAGCAUUAGCUCGCUGGCGAAGGCAAGUUAACCGAAACCUCGUUUUUCUACCCUUUCAUGAGGAAGUUGUGACUGAAGCUCGCUUAGAAGGCAAAACCCGUGCGUUUUUGCACGGCAAAACCUGCGUAAACCGGCUACCAAUCUGCCGCAUAGAGUAUAUUAUGGUGCAGUUUAAGAAUAGAUAUUUGGUGAUUGAGGUUUUAAUAAAUGGUGGCAAGGAUUCUUCUGGGAAUGAUCCGAUUAUUAUUACAGAGUAUAAUUUGUUGAAAGCGAUCAAAGAUAGCAUUCUGUUGAACUUUGGGGAAUGCGGCCUUGCUCUGUCGCUCGGAUCGUUGCAAGUCAAAUACGUCAACCCUUCCACAAAGCUGUGUAUUAUGAGAACCUCUCGUGAUGAUUAUCAGAAGAUAUGGUCUGCAAUGACAAUGGUGAAAAGUAUAGGGAAGUGUCCAGUAACUUUCAAUUUACUAGCUUUGAGUGGUACCAUGAAAGCUUGUAAGAGUGCUGCCUUAAAGUGCGAAGAGGCAAAAUUUGAACAAUACAAGCUUGAAGCUCAGAAUCAUCUCACGCCAGAGAGAUUAUCACAGAUUAGAGGCUAUAUAGAAAAAAUAAAAACUUUAGAGAAUUAAAUGAUGGCUGAGUUCAUUUUAGGUAAAAUAGCUUGUUUGCUUCUUUAGCCUGUCACUUUUUUUUUUUCUCGUAGAAAAAGGAUUCAUGUAGUCGACUUCAAAUAGUAGAGUAAAGGCUCGAUGUUGUUGUGUAAUCUCUUUUCUUUUUCCAUUUCUUUGAUGAUUUUGUGUGUUAUUUCUAAUGGAGCAGUUGCGCUCAUUUCUUUUGCUAAUGAAAAAUGUUCGCUUUAAUGU